GCGAGUCCUGCGAUCAGCGUGCCGAAGAGAAGUGGUUUUGUAAGACGCUUUUUUGCAGACAGCUUGUGCUGCUUCAUGUUGCAGUAUUGAAUUCAGGAGUAUAGUAUUGUCGAAAUAAAUUAUUAGACGGGUCAAUGAUCGUUUUUCCAUUCACAACUUCACUGCUCUAUGACCUCGAAACGCUCGCCAAAACACGUACUCCUUACUUCCGGAAACCAUUUUCGCAGUGUGUUUUUAUUCCUGCUUUUGAUUUAAUAUACGUUGGAUAUAUUUUGGAGUCUUUUCUAAGUGCAUAGUAUUUAGCAGGGCGUACCUACAUGCUGUCAAACAUUACAUGGCUGUUUACUAAAGCUUUAAGAAGCUUGCACGAUAAACCCGGAACUCAUCUUGUGUACCUGAUCAUGGGGAUAUAUUUUUUGUACGGACCGGAUGUGCUUUUCAUUUAACGCGCGCGCCAGAGAGAAAUUUUCGGGCUGGUAAAUUAUUCCCGAGCUCUAGUACGCAUGCGCAAACUCGCACAUUAGGAGAGAGUGAAAAAUGGGUAUAAACAACUGUUAAUAACACACACAAACGGUUUUGUAUCAUCGUGGUCAUGUGAUGAAUUUAUGUACUCGUUUUUAGAGUUAGCAGAGUACGUUUUGGGCGCAAUUCUAUAAGCUAGAUUACAGGUUCCCUACCUUGGUCUUGCACACAAAAACGAGUUGAAUUGAGGAAGGGCUGUUCAUUAACUGAUCAGAUUCUACAGGAAUGGAUCGAUUCUGUGCAUCAGAUAGGUUGGAAUAUUUACAGGGGCUUGUGACAGAAUUUCAGGACACUGACAGUGAAGAAGCCAAGGAGCAAAUUCUAGCCAACCUGGCCAAUUUUUCUUAUGAUCCACGUAACAUGGAAGCCUUGCGGAUGCUUCAGGUCACUGAGCUCUUCUUGGACAUGCUAACGGAGGAAAACGAGAACUUUGUGGAGUUUGGAAUUGGUGGCCUGUGUAACCUCAGCAUGGACCAGGAGUGUCGUGAUCAAAUUUUGCAAAGUGGAGGAAUUCCUUUAGUCACAGCAUGCUUGUCAAGUCACAGAGAUGAGACCAUUUUAUCUGCCAUCACAACAUUAAUGAACCUUACCACAGAAGCAUCACACUCCCAAACCACAGACAGUGCAGUAGUGCAGUGCAUGCUACGCUUCUCACUUGCACAGAAUCCUCGCCUCAGCAAUCUGGCCACAGUUUUCUUGCAGGACUACUGCACUCAGGACCAGGUAGACCAAGCCAGAGAACUUUUACAAGGACAUAGCCAGUCAGCUAUUGGAAUUCCUCUCCCGAAGGACUAGGACCUUAUGAUUUCUUUUUUGGGAUUAAUGAAGAUGGACAGUAUAAAAGCUUAAAUGGACCUUGUACAGACUUUUAUUCAACAUUAUGGUGACUGAUGGAUUUCUCCAUGUACUGUGCUUCAGGCACUGAUUCAGUCCUACAGAGCUACAACUCCUAGAUGCCACAAAGGGCUUGAUGGUGGUUUCAUGUACUUAACAGAACAUGCUUGUUUUUACAACUACUACUAAAAAAAAAAAGUGUUAUUUGUAUGUUAUAUCCACUGAGCAUGUAGUGCUAAACUAGCUCUCGACCAAGCUAAAACAGUGACAGUGAAUUGUUUUAAUAAAUUUGGGUAGUUUUUGUUUGUGAAU